UAGGUCCUUGUGAACAAGGAUUAGUUUAGUAAUAGUUAGACCCUGUCAUAGUUCACCCUAGAGGUGUAAGAUAGGCAGGGGUAUUGAGCAAGGGCAACUUAAGCCCCAACUUAAAGAAGCAGUGGGGAUAGUAUUUACCAGGCAACACCGGUCUAGUGCAAGGGCCCCAGUGGAAAGAGACCCAGGAUAUUCUCCCUACUCCUGGAUGACAUUCACUGGGGUGUCUCUAAAUCUAUCAAGGUUUAAUGUAUAAAUGAUGUUCUACUGGACUGGUGUGUUCUACUUCAUUUAAGCUUGGUUGGUGUUUGAAAAUGUUUGAACAUAACGUAUAUAAGAUUAUCCUGAUUUUCCUGGCUCUUGCUGUCUAUACACUAAUGGUGGCUUUCAAUGCCAUAGCUGGUGCAGGACUAAAAAGAAAUAUAUUUCUGCAAAGUGUGGGAAAUAUUUCCAAUAAAUACAACACCGAGUUUACCCCAGCUGGAUGGACAUUCACUUUAAUUUGGAAUGUCAUAUUUUUCUGGCAGUUCCUCUGGUUUGGAUAUGUUCUCUCUGGACUAUGUAGACGGAGUGAAUUGGGAUGGAUGUAUCUGAAACCAAAUGUGUUCCCAGUCCCCUUCUACCUUGUUUGGAUAUUGAACAAUGUCUUUAACAUAGGAUGGCUCUUCCUGUGGGACAGAGAAUACCUCAUUCCUGCUCUGGUGUUUCUGGGUGCCAUUCCCUUUACAAACUACAUAGUGCUCUUCAUUUCUUACCGAUCCCUCUAUCUUAAUGGAGACUGGUUACAGACACAGCACAAAGUGGACUUGUGGCUUAUUCGGAUAUUGGCCCAAAAUGGUAUUGCAUUUUACACAACAUGGACAACAAUAGCUUGCCUGUUAAACUUUUCCGUCUGCCUGACCUACAAUGGAGGAAUUACCAGUAGUACAUCAGUCACUGUAGCUCUGGCUAUCCUGGCUUUUGAAAUGGUUUUAUGGUUUUGCUUGGAAAACUUUUUGUUUGAUAAAUAUGUCAGAUACACAGUAACAGUAUAUCCUAUAGUCAUUCUUGCUUUAUCUGGAGCCUUGGACAAAAACUUCAUCACAUCUGACCCAGGCCAAAAUGGUAUUUUUACAGCUGUGUUGCUUGCCGUGGCUUGCGCUGCAUUUGCCCUGCGACUAGUGUUGGUUAUUUGGAAACACGUCAAAUACCCACUUUAUGAAUCCAUGUCUAACAAGAGCUCCAUCCCCCUGUCCUAAAAGAAAGAAAGAAGGGAACGACUACAGUUACAUUAACUGAAUCCCGUUACAGCACUUCUACUGAUGCAUAGCAGCCUGAUAUAAACACUGUUACAGGGACCAUUCUUGCCUCUCAACUGACCUCUAUAAACUGUUACAAUUUUCUUCUGUUAAAGCUAUUUGUAUGUAAGUAUAUUCACUUAGACUGUUACUACAAACUGACAUUGUUUUGUAUUGUUAAUACUAGUGUUAUAUAUUUUAUACCACUGUGCUAUCCCCCCAGAGGGAUAGGGAAAAGGAACAGGUAUGGGACCUGUUAUCCAGAAUGCCUGGGACCUGGGGUUUUUCAGAUAAGGGGUCUUUCCAUAAUUUGGAUCUCCAUACCUUAAGUCUACUAAAAAAUAACUUCAACAUUAAAUAAACCCAAUAGGGUUGACUUGCAUCCAUUAAGGAUUAAUUAUAUCUUAGUUGGGAUCAAGUACAAGGUACUGUUUUAUUAUUACAUUAAUAAACAAUUCUUAAAAAUCUGAA